AUGAGACCAACUUUAGUCAGGUUAGUCAGGCCGCGUCGUCCAGAGCGUGCCACAGCACCCUUGUACCCUCCUUUGGAACUUUACAAGAGGAUAUUGAGAGCACAUAAAAUUCUUCCCGCAGAUUUGAGAGCCCUUGGGGACAUGUACGUGAAAGCUGAAUUUAAGGCACAUCAAAAGAUCGAUAAUCCCUUGCAUAUAGUUGGGUUUUUGACCCAGUGGCAAGACUACUUGAGAAGCAUAGAUGGCGGUGACUGGAUGUCUGGGAAGCUUUCCAAGUUGGAAUUGGAUAAGAUGUCCCCGGAACAGAUUGGUCAACUUUACGAGUUGAUGCAGGAAGCUAAGGGAAAGAAGGAAGAAUGA